GGCUCUGCUCCCUCGCCAACUCCGGGCCCCAGCCGCGGGCGGGCGCACGGCGGGCGGACAGCAUGCUGAGCCUCCUCGUCUGGAUCCUCACUCUCUCCGAUACUUUCUCCCAAGGGACCCAGACGCGCUUCAGCCAGGAGCCAGCCGACCAGACCGUGGUGGCUGGGCAGCGGGCCGUGCUCCCCUGUGUGCUCCUCAACUAUUCGGGGAUCGUGCAAUGGACCAAGGACGGGCUGGCGCUGGGCAUGGGUCAGGGCCUCAAAGCCUGGCCAAGGUACCGGGUCGUGGGCUCUGCGGAUGCCGGGCAAUACAACCUGGAGAUCACGGACGCCGAGCUCUCUGACGAUGCCUCCUACGAGUGCCAGGCCACGGAGGCUGCCCUGCGCUCCAGGAGAGCGAAGCUCACAGUACUCAUCCCCCCAGAAGACACCAGGAUUGAUGAUGGGCCUGUAAUUCUGCUGCAGGCCGGCACCCCCCACAACCUCACCUGCCGAGCCUUCAAUGCCAAGCCUGCUGCCACCAUCAUCUGGUUCCGGGACGGGACACAGCAGGAGGGCGCUGUGGCCAGCACGGAACUGCUGAAGGAUGGGAAGAGGGAGACCACUGUCAGCCAGCUGCUCAUCAACCCCACAGACCUGGACAUCGGGCGUGUCUUCACGUGUCGCAGCGUGAACGAGGCCAUCCCGACUGGCAAGGAGACGUCCAUUGAGCUGGAUGUCCACCACCCUCCUACGGUGACCUUGUCCAUUGAGCCACAGACGGUGCAGGAGGGCGAGCGUGUCGUCUUCACGUGCCAGGCCACGGCCAACCCCGAAAUCCUGGGCUACAGGUGGGCCAAAGGGGGCUUCUUGAUUGAAGACGCCCAUGAGAGUCGCUACGAGACCAAUGUUGAUUAUUCCUUCUUCACGGAGCCUGUGUCCUGUGAGGUCCACAACAAAGUGGGGAGCACCAACGUCAGCACCUUAGUGAACGUGCACUUUGCUCCUCGGAUUGUGGUUGAUCCCAAACCCACGACCACAGACAUUGGCUCUGAUGUGACCCUCACCUGUGUCUGGGUUGGAAAUCCCCCCCUUACCCUCACCUGGACCAAAAAAGACUCAAACAUGGGGCCCAGGCCUCCUGGCUCCCCACCCGAGGCUGCUCUCUCUGCCCAGGUCCUGAGUAACAGUAACCAGCUGCUGUUGAAGUCGGUGACCCAGGCAGACGCGGGCACCUACACCUGCCGGGCCAUCGUCCCUCGGAUUGGGGUGGCUGAGCGGGAGGUGCCACUUUACGUGAACGGGCCCCCCAUCAUCUCCAGUGAGGCGGUGCAGUAUGCUGUGAGGGGUGAUGGAGGCAAGGUGGAGUGUUUCAUCGGGAGCACGCCACCCCCGGACCGCAUCGCCUGGGCAUGGAAAGAGAACUUCCUGGAGGUGGGAACCCUGGAACGCUACACAGUGGAGAGGACUAACUCGGGCAGUGGGGUGCUGUCCACGCUCACAAUCAACAACGUCAUGGAGGCCGACUUCCAGACCCACUACAACUGCACUGCCUGGAACAGCUUUGGGCCAGGCACGGCCAUCAUCCAGCUGGAAGAGCGAGAGGUGUUACCUGUGGGCAUCAUCGCCGGGGCCACCAUCGGUGCGGGCAUUCUGCUCAUCUUCUUCUUCAUCGCCCUGGUGUUCUUCCUCUACCGGCGCCGCAAAGGCAGCCGCAAGGAUGUCACCCUGAGGAAGCUGGACAUCAAGGUGGAGACAGUGAACCGAGAGCCGCUAACCAUGCACUCUGACCGGGAAGACGACACUGCCAGCGUCUCCACAGCCACCCGAGUCAUGAAGGCCAUCUACUCAUCCUUUAAGGAUGAUGUCGACCUGAAGCAGGACCUGCGCUGUGAUACCAUCGACACGCGGGAGGAGUAUGAGAUGAAGGACCCCACCAAUGGCUACUACAAUGUGCGUGCCCACGAGGACCGCCCGUCUUCCAGGGCAGUGCUCUAUGCUGACUACCGUGCCCCCGGCCCUGCCCGCUUCGACGGCCGCCCCUCCUCCCGUCUCUCCCACUCCAGCGGCUACGCCCAGCUCAACACCUACAGCCGGGCCCCGGCCUCUGACUACGGCCCUGAGCCCACACCCCCCGGUCCUGCUGCCCCAGCUGGCGCUGACACCACCAGCCAGCUGUCCUACGAGAACUAUGAGAAGUUCAACUCCCAUCCCUUCCCCGGGGCAGCAGGGUACCCCACCUACCGACUGGGCUACCCCCAGGCCCCGCCCUCCGGCCUGGAGCGGACCCCUUAUGAGGCUUAUGACCCCAUCGGCAAGUAUGCCACAGCCACACGGUUCUCUUACACCUCCCAGCACUCGGACUACGGCCAGCGGUUCCAGCAGCGCAUGCAGACUCACGUGUAGGGCCGAGCCUGGACGGGCAUCUCUGCGGGCAGAGGAGAAGGCUCUCACAGCUUUCCCUGAUAUUCAGGGGCAUUGCUCCUCACUCCUGCCCUGGACCAGCCUUCCUCGUCCUGCUGUGGCAGGUGGGGAGCAGGUCUCCCGGAAACACCCCUUCCUGAGGAUGGUGCUGUGUGUGCACCCCACCUCCUAGGCCUGCCCUUCCCUCUUCUUCGGGAGGAUGUGUCUCUUCUGACCUGUGUUGUCACCUGGCCCGGCAUGGGGACAGGAGGCGAAGGUUGUGGAGAGCAGAGGGGGCAGUUUUUAGCAUUCCCUUUCUACCCCACCCCUCUGGUCUCCUGUAAGUGGACAAAGGGUGGUGCGAGAUGUGUGGGCUCAGGCCUGGGGGACGGACGGUGUGUGGUGGCUCUGGCACAGACAGAUGGAAGCAGGAUGGCCCGGCAGGCCUUUGGCCGACUAAUUCAUGCUCUAGGUGUGUCUCCCUCUUUGGGACUGCAGAGCGACCCUGGCAUUAUAUCAGCUGUCUAAGGCAGCACUGAGGCCAGAGCCAAGCCCCAUUCAGCUUGGGUUAACGUGCCGGUCAUCCUGGCUGCCCACCAUGGGCUCCUGUCCCUCACAUGCGGGGGGAGCCAGGUAUCUCUGGUCGUGCUGCCUCCUUUCCUUCCCCUUCACGCUGCCCCAGAUAAGUUGGGGCGCUGUGGUGAGGAAAGAUCAGGAGCCAUGUCCCUGUUCACCAGCAAGACAGCAGGAUGCUGCACAGUGGUUUCCAGAACCCGUACCAGAGGGACCCCACCCAAGCUCUCUCCUCUCCCUGAUCCGCCCCACUCCCUGGCUUUCACUCAAGCCUGCCUGGAAGGGGUGAGGGUGAGGGUGCUAUAGGCUGUUUCUCAAAGACAGUGAAAAACAUUGAAAACCUCAUUUGGAAAAAAGAAAAAAAAAAAUCCCCCCCAACCAAAUGCAAAUCUGUGGAAAGGAAAGGAUCACCUGUCUUCUCUUACCCGAUUCCUAACACCUUCCAUUAUUCUUCAGCCUCCAAGCACUUUGAAUCUACAUUUAAACAUUUAGGUGGUGAGACCUGUCACCAUGGGCUCUGAGGAUUUAGGGAGGGGGCCUGGCCCCCAGACUCUGCUGCCCUACUCUUGGGUCCAUCAGCUGCAUGGAGGCCACCUAGCAGGGGCCGUCGGAGAUGUUUUCUAGACAGGUUUGAGUUGUUUAGUGUCUUUUUUUUUUUUUUUUCCCAAUCAGAUUCCUUCUUCCACUUUCAGUGCCUUGAGUGUCCAACUUCUGUUGACCGGCCCUGUGUGGGCAGCUGUGCAGAGUGGGCACUUGUGAGUCCCAGACACACUGUCAAGGGUUGCAAAGUUUAGGGGCCAGAUGGGUAAGGGGGCCUGGUAAGAGGAAGGCGGCCAGGUGAGGCAUACAGAAGGCACGGCAGCUGCGGCUGCUCCCCCCACGCACAUACACACAUUCCACAUGGCCAUGCUCAGCCAACACCUUCUGACCAAAGAGAACUGGCACUUGCCCUGCUGUGGGCUCCGCUUCCCAAGCAGCAGAGUCUAAAGCCCACGCUCCCUUUUCUGAACCAGCUCAGCUGCUGGAGCGGGGCCUCCAUGCGAUUCCCAGAACGUGCUUUGCCCUUUCCCGUGGUCACCAGUCAUUAGUCAUGUUCGCUUUAACGAGUUACAUGCUCAUCAGCCAUGGGCAUCUUCCCCCUCGCGAUGGGCCCGUGGGGUGACAUUCCCACUGUCCUCUCUGGUAAGGACCACCAGUACCCAGGAAGAAAGCUCUGUUGCAGCCUCACGGCGGCCCUGCACCUGCUGCAACCCUUUCUAAGGUCUGACACCACCGGCCGAGCCUCAUAUUGCACCCCUGUUAGCUGACACCUUCCUGCUGAGUUCUCUUUCUGUGAGCUUAGUAAGAAGUCUUGUUCACAAUGUAGGUACCAGUGCAGAUAAAUUUUGAUUAUUUUCACAGAGACCAGAAGCCAGGAGUAACCCAAACAGAUAAGAUCUAAAGAUGGUGGCUUUUAAAAUAGGAAUUUUCCAAAAACAUUCAUUUUUGUUUAGGAUCUGGCCACAUUCUCACAUUCUCUCCUUUUUCUUUCUUCCUUUUUGGUUAUAGUAUUAGGGCUGUUCUGUUGAAAUGUUGGAGAGGAGGGGCCCAAGGUCACAAGGUAACCCAGCCAAUGCCACAGGAACCAUUAGUUUUGGGAAUCUUAAUGCAGAGCUACUGUACUUACUGUUUCUUCACACAUAGCCUGGGCCUGGUGAUGUCAUGCAGGCGCCAGGCAGAGCACGGAGGCAGCAGCCACCACGGUCUCUGCAGCCUGCACUGUGUUCUGACCUGAAUCUGAGUUGGGAUCUGCCUGUUGGGCCACACGGAACCUGGGGAGUGGCAGGUGGCCUUGGACCUAGAUCUCUGCUAAGACCAGAAUCUUCCAGAAAGGUCUUCAUGCUCGAUGUGGUUGCCUUGGAGACCCUGGUUGCCUUUGAUGAUGCUUACGGUUUGCUUUAGGAGUUGAGCCGGGAGUCCUGAGAUCCAGUGUAAGCUGCUGUUUACCAGGUGGUUUUGGCCUGACCUCUUCACUUUCACUGCCCCCAGUUCUCUGGCCUGCAAGAUGCGUGGGGUGGGUCACACAAAUCUAGAAUUACUAUGUUAUUGCUGCAUUCAUUUGGUGAGUGGAGGGGCCUGGUCAUGCCUGGCUGGGAGUUGGGAACAUAAGUGAGGAGAGUGAGGUAUGAGGGAGUUGAAAGUUUCUUCUCUUGAAUCUUUCACCAUGGCCUUCACCACCUCAUAGGGAAGUCAUGGAUGAAUUUCAUCUUGGGGCCUCUUGAUUCCAAACAGUAAUCAGAAGCACACCCUAAACCUCAGUGUGAAAUUACUAUGGGUUGAUUCUUUGGCCUUUCAGUAACUGCUGCUCCCCACUCAGAAUCAUGACAUUUCUGAAAGGUGUCUGUGCCAGGGUAGGGUGCAUGAGUCUCCACUGCGUGACCGGGCCCCAGCAGUUUCCUCUAUGAGGAGAAAUGGGAGUAGCCACCUACUUGGUACCCUGCAGCAUUCCCAGGGACAGGCCCCAGGUACUGAGCAUCUCACUCCUCUGUGAAGGGGUGGGUCUAAAGGGCAGCUGCAAAGGGAAGAGGGCACAGCCAUUUUGACAAACUUUGGAUCUUUCUUGGAGAAGUUCUUGUGCUUCUGGGUGAGCCAUCUCUUUCCUCACGGUAGGUCCAGUCUGCACCCUUAAGCUGGACCCCUCCAAGUCCAGCCAUAGUUUGCAUGACGCCAAACACAAGUCUGAAAGGAGGGUGGGCAGGGACAGGUGUACUGCUGUGCUUACUAUUCCAGCUUGGGCUGAGCAAGGUUAGCCUGACCCCAGGUCCAGGCACUGAGCCCUCCCUGUCCCAUCAGUGCUGCUUCCCUCAUGGUUGUGGGGUGACCUUCCUGCUCUGAAGAUGGAGCACAUACCUGGAGUCUCUGGCCUCCUGCACCCUCAUUAACCAUGGGCACUCCGUCAGGGCCCUUCAAAUGGAAUUAAGGGCACAGUCCUAGCUCCUUCAAAUGGAAUUAAGGUCUUGGGUACUUGACCCACAUAUAGCAAUGUGGACCAUUCAGGUUUGCAGGAAAACCCACUAAAGUUAAGACCCCAGUUGGACUGAACUGACUUAAAAUAUGCCUCACUGCCCUGUGGACAUCUGUCCCUGACCCUUCUGCUCUACUCGCAAGGCCAUGCCAGUCUCAGAAACCCUGGCUUUCCACCAUUUAGUGCUGUGCGCCCUGAGUCAGGGCACUGCUCCGUGUCUCUGUGGGCCGAUCUGUAUGUUGAAGGAGUCAUCUGAAAGGCAUUAGUGAUGCUCCUGACCCUGGGAGGAGGCGGUAACGCAGCACCAAAGUGCACAGACCAAGGGAUGUAAUUGGAAAUGCAUUUAUUUUUGUGAAGAAGCUAUAAAAUUAGCAUUUAAGUAUCCCAUUUCCUUCUUUCCUCCCCAUGCCACCCUCCCCCCCAACCUUCCAUGGUAUCAUUGCCCUGUCCUGGAGGCCAGCCUGUUUCUGAAAAGCAUUGGCCUCACCUUGAUCUCCUGGUCCUGGCAUUUGGCCUCAGGGCUGGUGGAGAAGAGGGAAGAACUCAUGGUUUGGGAGAUGAGGGGAAGGGGGGUGGAUCCCAUUUUUUUACAUCACUGUGAGGGAGCUCCAGGCCCUGUCCCUGGAGAAAUUGCUGCGCAGAAGUCACAGGCCAUACUGGGUAGAUCGGAUAGAGUCUGCCCUUUAAAAAAAAAAAAAAAAAAAGCCUCAAUUUGCAUAGAAUAUCAUUCUUGCCAGUCUCCUGGCCCUAAACCUGCCUUUUCAAGGGUUGGAGGGUCAUGGGCUAAUCUAUUUACUUCUGGAGACCUUCAAAUGCUGCCCCUGGGAAGACCCCUAAUUCUGGGGAGAGAGCAGCCAAAUUGCCAAUACAAUCAAACUCCAUAUGAUCUUGUCAGCAAUAGUGACACAGAAGACUUGGCUGCCUCUAGGUUCACCAGAAAGAGGCCCAGGGCUCCCCAGUCACAUUUUCUACCCUGACCAUUUUUGGGAUGACAACCUCCAUUUCUGGCUCCAGUUGAAUUUUCUCCACCCAAACCCCACUAAUAGAUGGGUCCAUGAUGAUAAUUAAGAGAAGGGAAAAAAUUAUUUUUAGGACAAACCAUGGUAGAUUUUUAGCAAUGUGUAUCUGUGUGUCCCUCACACCUUUUCCUAUUCUACCUUUUUCAUUUUCCUUUUUUUUAAAUAUUAUGUACUAUAUUUUUAGUCUCAAACACACUAUAUAUUAUAUAUAUUU